UCCACUAUUUUCGAGGGAGACACAGACACAGAUGGAUGGAACUCUCUUACCUGGCAUUUUCUGACCAUCCUUUUUUAACCCCUAGUCCGAGUGACGAGGCAUUAACUUGCCCGUUGUCCAUUCCUUAAAUAUCCCCAUCCAUAUCCUCUCAAAAUGUCGUCGAGAUAUUCUUUACGCGCAACUCCUAGGAAGAAGGAGCUUUUUGACGGAAUGGUUGAAACUCCUGGUGGUCGUCGUUCGACGCGACGCAAGUCUCAAUUCCCCCCUAUCGACGGCGCAUCUGACGACGGAGACUCAAGCUCUGCUGCCGAGACCACUAGAUCUAGCAGAUCUAGAUCGUUGCGACGUCGUGGAGUUGGCAAAUUUGUUGAGAAUAUGGAUGAUUCAGACGCGGCACCUAAAGAGGAGGACUUUAGUCCAGUCCCCGAGGAGAAGCUUGCCGCUGUCUUUAAGGCCAAGGCAGAUGUCGCUCCUAAGCAACUAGAGCAAAACGGGCAUACAAAUGGGAAAACGAACGGAAAAACUAAUGGGCACGCUAAAGAGGCCAAGGAGGAUGUUAUCGACGGUUGGAAACCGGGUAUGGACCCCAAGGUCGACUACUCCGGUGUCUUCGAGUUCGGAGGUAGCUUCGGGACUCUCGCCCUCAUGAUCGGAUUUCCUACGCUCAUGUACUAUAUGUGGAUUGGCGCCACAUAUUACGAUGGGAAACUACCAUUGCCCGAGGAAGGUCAAUCUCUCCUUGAGUUCGGCCAACACUUGGGCCAUCUUGUCUACACUGGCGCGUUCCCUCACCUACAAGCGUGGAAGAUCUACUGGGUAUACUAUGUGUUUGAGGCUCUCUGCUACCUCUUCAUGCCUGGUGUCUACGGCUACGGGAAGCCUCUUCCUCACGAAGGCGGCAAGCAGCUAAAGUACUACUGCUCUGCUUACGCGAGUUUCUACUUCACUAUUCUCGUCAUGGGUGUGCUACACUUCACUGGUUUCUUUAAGAUCUAUACCCUCCUAGACGAGUUUGGGCCUUUAUUAUCCGUCGCUAUCCUCUCCGGCUUCCUAUGCGCUUUCAUCGCCUACUUCUCGGCAAUCAUCCGCGGGAAGCACCACCGAAUGACAGGCUACCCGAUCUACGAUUUCUUCAUGGGUGCCGAAUUGAACCCACGUAUGUUCGGUAUCCUAGACUUCAAGAUGUUCUACGAAGUCCGCAUCCCUUGGUUUAUCCUCUUCGGGCUUAGCUGUGCGGCCGCAGCACGUCAGUACGAGAAUUACGGUUACGUCUCGGGUGAAGUCAUGUUUCUAGUAAUGGCCCACUACCUCUACGCCAAUGCCUGUGCCAAGGGUGAGCAACUUAUCAUUACGACCUGGGACAUGUACUACGAGAAGUGGGGAUUCAUGCUGAUCUUCUGGAACAUGGCUGGUGUUCCUCUCUCGUACUGCCACUGCACCCUCUACCUCGCUAACCAUGAUCCUUCGGAGUAUGCGUGGAACAAGUACGCCCUAGGUCUACUCUAUGUCCUUUACAUCUGCGUUUACGUUAUAUGGGACCAGGCCAACGCGCAGAAGAACGCUUUCCGAGCCGAUGAGCGUGGUACUUACCAGAAGCGCUAUAGCUUCCCCGUUCUUCCGUGGACACACAUUAAGAACCCCAAGGCCAUCGACACGCAAACUGGAGACAGACUUCUGUGUGACGGUUGGUACGGAUUUGCGCGCAAGCCGCACUACGCUUGUGACGCUUUCUUCGCCGUCACCUGGGGCCUGAUCACGGGUUUCAACAGUCCAUUCCCCUGGUUCUACCCUGUCUUUUUCUGCUGCAUGAUUGCGCACCGUGCAACUCGAGAUAUCGAGCGCUGCAGGAAUAAGUAUGGUGAGGCGUGGAAGGAGUACGAAAGACGGGUUCCAUACCUUUUCAUCCCGUACGUCAUUUAAACAUUUCGAUAUGAUGACUUUCGUAUAUUGCAUACUUUCUUCCAUAACGGUUGGAUUCUCCUCGGAAAACUCCGAGAGCGGCAGCGCCACCUACACACCUACAACCUCGUAUAGUAGGGAUGGUGUCGCCGCUCGCGAUUUUUCUAUGUACAUAAUUCUAGAUUGCUCUAUGUCCUUUUUAAUGGCUGGAAGCCAAAGACAGCAGCAUGGAUGCCAUGGAUGACGCAUCUGCUGUGAAAUGAGUCGGAACGUAACGCCCCCUAUAACGGCCCUCUAUCUAUCUACCUAUUAGGUUAACAUAGGUGCUUAAUAUAAAUCAAUGCGAAUGAAUUUCAGUUACUUUGUUACAUGGUUCGUAAUAUGCUGUGUUGUAUUAUGAUAUAUCUCCUUGUCAUCGUUAAAUGUGUUCAUAUUUAAAUUUAACAUCGGAGAUCGAGUAAGUCCGCAGUAGACGCUUGCUUUUUCUUUACCCUUAUUGAUGCCGUGCAUGUUACACGCAUUACAUUAUCGACCGCCACCGCGUCACAUAUCCUGCAUCCUGCAACCCCAACCCCCUCUAAAACAGACACUCCC